UCUCCCCAUAUCUGAACAAGACAACAGGGACUACAGCUCUUCUAGCACAGGUUCUCAGUAGAACCCAGCAAGAACUUAAAGCAGGAGUGUUUUAAUUUCUUGGAAACUUAGGAAGUGGAAAAAAAGGCAGAAGAAGAGGAGGAGACGGAAGAGAAGGAGGAGGGAGAGGUGUGGGACCUUCUAUGUGUCAAGUGGAAUUCAAGUCCAGGGUGCUGAGCAGGCAGAGUGGUGGGGCACUGCCUCCUUGACGGAACUGAUCAGACUCAGCAGACACCAAGCAAGACAGGCACGACGGAGGAUGGAGUGAGGCACAGUCAGUGAACAGACAGCUGAAAAAGCCAACUCUAAAAAGUAAACAUAACAUUUUGCUUUUUACUGCUGCCAAAAAGAAGCGCGUUGAUGUUCAAGAAGUGUCAAAAAAGGGUCAGAAGGUUCACACUGGUUAGCUACAGUACAGCUUGUCAAAGAUAGAUUUCCGGACGAGAAUGAGAUUGUACACCACAAAGUAAGUCGGGACAGACUGUCGCUCUCUUCAAGAAUUGAUUCUGAGAAGAAUACAGCUUGUUUAAUUCCCAGAACCACAAUACUGCUUUGAGCUACAACAGAAUUUCAAAGUACAGAGUCAAACUUGGAAACAAUGGAGCAUCUUCCAGAGACAAAAGGAAAGGGAGUCUUGAUGUUUGCCAAGAGGCGCCAAAGAAUGGAUGAGCUUUCUGCAGAACAAGAGGAAAUGAGACAAAAAAGCAUACCAGUGGAUGCAGUUGUUGAACCAGAAGGUGAAAUUGUUAGGCCUCCUCCGCAGGAAGAAAGUAGACAAGCCCCACAAGAUAUCUACGUAAGGCAACAACAACAUUAUCAAGACCAGACAUUUCAGCAACAGAUGUUACCACAAUCAGCGAAUGGUAUGAAUGGUCUGGAUCCAUACCAAAGUUCAGCUCUUUCCAGGUCACUUGUGUCUAACAGAACUGCUAAGCCCUUUCUGGGUGGGCAUAGUCAAGGACAAAAAGCAUUUUCAACAGUCAGAGGUGUCUCAAGCCCAACACCUAAGAAACCUGAAAACAUAUUCAAGGUUUCUGUUCCAGUAAACACAGUGCCACAGGUUUGGUCCCCCACAUCAGACAUCAUUGCAUCACGUGAUGAACGUAUUGCUAUACCUGCCAUUAAAACAGGGAUUCUUCCAGAAACUAAAAGGAGAGGAGCAAACAAGACAGACUCAAAAGAAAUGCCAAGGCUUCAAAAAAAAGGUGAUCAGAAGUCCUUAACGGAGUUGGUUCCAGAAGAGGAUUUUCUUAGUCUGGGUGCUGAAGCGUGCAAUUUCAUGCAAGCUCCAACGAUCAGGCAGAAAAACCCUCCACCUGUCCUACCCAAACCUGUUAUCAACCCAGCUCACCCUCCUUGGUCUGAAGAGGGUCAUGUUGUGUCUCAGAGUCCUGCUGCUGCAUCAAGCUCAGUUCCAGCUAUGGGGCACCCCCAGGUGCAGGCAGUACCAUAUCAAAGCCCACCAAAGCUACAGCCUGCUGGAAAAGCCCAGUCCUCAUUGUCAUCUCAACCGAUGCCAAGGCAGGCAUCACCUGCUUGGGUUCCAUCCCACUCACCAGAUCUGCAUCAAUCAGCCUGGACUUCAGAUCCACAUCAGGCACAUCAUACAUCUGGUCCUUCUCAGUCUAAAACACCAUGGAUUAGGUCAAGUGAUGGUAACUCUGUUGCUUCCUGCCCACCCCAACACCUGAGCACAUACUUUCAGGGAUCUAAGGCUCCAUUAUCUUCUCCUAAGGGUUAUACAUCAGAUGCAGGUGCUUCUGAAGGACUGAACCUUAAAGGAAAAGGAGCUGAACUGUUUGCUCGAAGACAGUCACGUAUGGAAAAAUUUGUGGUGGACGAUGAGACUGUGCGAGCCAACCAAGCCAGAUCCUCGUCGCCGACACUCUCAAUGCCAAGCACCUGGAAAUACUCAUCUAAUGUCCGUGCCCCACCUCCGGUCUCCUACAAUCCUAUUUUGUCGCCUUUUUAUCCCCUCGCAGCAGUUAAACAACCCCCUCCUGCAACUAGUCCAAAGAUAAAGUCGAAAGCAAACAAGGAGAAGAAGAAUCCACCACCCAAACAUCUCAAUGUUCUAGAUGUUAUGAAACAUCAGCCUUACCAACUGAAUUCUUCGCUUUUUACCUACAACUCCACUCCAGAGGCCAAGGAAGCAGCUUAUGAGCCGUCUACAGUGUUUUCCCCUUACCCAAAUAGUUUGCAGUCAGUUAAGCAAAAUCCAUCUAAAGCCACUGGAGAGGGAUUCAGCAGGAGCCGUUCCUUGUCUUACCCCCAGAGACUGUCCUCUGUGUCUCCCACUUUCACCCCAGGUGUCCAUUCAAAACGUCAUUCACUGAACAGGCAAUAUUCCUGGGUGGAACAGCCCAAAAAACCACUCUCCUCUGUGGAGGCAGUUUCUCAAAGCCCCUUUAGUCCUGUUGAGUCCAAAAUUUCUGCUACUCAUAGAAAAUCACUACCAGAAACACCAGCAGAAUGGAAGCAAAGAGUUUUUUAUGAUUCUGUUUGUGGCCCACAAGAGAGGGGGCCUAUAAUAGCUGUUACAUCCCCUAACAACAGCUUUUCUGCAGUGCCAAAAGAACCAAUUGUGUAUGGGCCGCCUUUCCGUUCUGCACAGCCUCUGGUGACCACCAAAAGGUACAGCAGGGGUGGUUCUCUGCCCAGAAAUUUCACACUUCAAACAAACUAUCCACAAUUGCAUAGAGUCAGUUGGAAACUGUAAUUAAAUAUUUUAAAUGAUCAAAUCAAAUCAUAGUGUAUAUCUCAUAGUAGGCUAUAUGCAAUAUAUGUAAGUGUGGACCACAAAGCCAGUCAUAUAGCACGGGUAUAUUUGUAGCAAUAGCCAACAAUACAUUGUAUGGGUCAAAAUUAUCGUUUUUCCUUUAUGUCAAAAAAUAAUUGAGAUGUUAGGUAAAGAUAAUGUUCCAUUAAGAUAUUUUGUAAAUGUCUUACCGUAAAUAUAUUAAAACUUAAUUUUUGAUUAGUAAUAUGCAUUGCUAAGAACUUCAUUUGGACAACUUUAAAGGUGGUUUUAUCAAUAGAUUUUUUUGCACCCUCAGAUUCCAGAUUUUCAAAUAGUUGUAUCAGUUUCAAAAGACUGAUGCUUAUCACUGGUUUUGUGGUCUGGGAUCAUAUGUAUAUUACAAAAAAGGGGCCAUAUUGUUAACUUUGUUUCAUUUCCAUAUCUUUUAACAUAAACCUUACUUACCAACAGUCAGAGCAAUCCAUUUUCCAAUCAAGUUUAUUUGUCUGUCCAUGCUGAUUUUUAAAAAUGAGGUUAAAGGAAUAAUUCACCCUUAACAUGAAAAAUCUUUCAUUUUCCACUCCAGUUGCUGUUAAGCUCCAAAAGGCCAAAUACAACCUUGUAUUUUUUAAACACUGAAUGACAAAAGACACCAGAUUUAACAAAAAUAGAACUUCGGGGAAAUUCUGGAUUAGAAACUUACAGUAGUGAAAAGAAAAUUUGGUCUGUGCAGACUUUUUAGUGAAAAAAAAAGGCUAGGUUAGAGCUAAGUGGUGUAUACAUUAUGUCAUCAGUUUAGAUUAUGUUAUAGGCCCAACAUUCUAGCAUUUAAAAUAAGUGAGUUAUAUUAAAUAUAACUUAAUAUUAUUAAAUAACCAAAAAAAAAAAAAAAAUUAAA